GAGAUACAAUAUCAUGUCUGACACAAGUAACGAGCUCGAACGCAUCAAUAAGUUUGUCGAAGUUGCACCGCAAAACAGCUACAACAUCGACCAGUACAAAGGCCAGAUCUGCCGCCAGUUGCCCAAUGGUCAAGAGGAGUGCUUGAAGUUGAACCUGGAGUAUACACAAAUGUUCUCGCAAAUGCAAAAGCUGGGCUUCUUCUGCGCGUUACCAAUGGAUCCAAAGAAGACACAUAUGGAGUGCACCCGAGUGUAGAAAGAGCAAGGAAGCAAGACAGACGACAAGAAUUCAAAAGUUCCUCUACUACUACUACUACUACUACUACCACUGCUGCUGCUGCUGCUGCUAUUUUUAAUCAUCAUCACCCCUUUCUCUUCCUGUGUACUAUUGUUGGUGUUCUCUCCACUCUUUUUGUCAUCAAAACAAGAAACGAAAAUAGAUAUCAUAUAUAUUACAAGCAUACGGACAGUCGAGGAUGGGAAGCUCUCCAUUUUCCCUCCCUCCAGGAACAAUACACAAGCAAACGCUUAUAAUAUAUACAGAUAGUUGAUGGUUUCACACGAGUCAUCUAUUUUAUUUCUGCAUCCUCCGUCGUCAUCAUCAAUCAAACGCCGAGUAAUUGACGGCCAGGUCGUACAGACCC